GGGCGGGGUUCCAGACAGCCGGGAAGGCUCAUCUGGCAGUGUGCUAGGCGCACUAUCCUCGAGGUACCCCAUGUUUGAAGAUGCCAGGUACUGCGUAUGAAAGAAUAGUUUACAAGAACCCCUCGGAGUAUCACUACAUGAAAGUCUGCUUAGAGUUUCAAGAACACGGAGUUGGACUGAAUAUAGCCCAAUUCAAACAACUGCUUGUUUCAGCCCUGAAGGACCUGUUUGGGGAGGUCGGUGCUGCUUUACCUGUGGACAUCCUAACCUAUGAAGAGAAGACUUUGUCAGCCAUCUUGAGAGUAUGCAGCAGUGGUCUGGCUAAAUUGUGGAGCUCUUUGACCUUGUUUGGAGCCUAUAAAAACAAGAAAUGUGCCUUCAGAGUGAUUCAGGUGUCUCCCUUUCUCCUGGCAUUAUCUGGAAAUAGCAGGGAACAAGUGUUGGAUUGAAUACUCUUACAGUUC